GAACUCGCAACCUUCAGCUUUUUGACUUCUCAUAUAUUAUCUGUCCCAUUGUGAGCAGAGAAGCUCCCUAGCUACGACAUCAUGGCUAUCCUCUUCUCAAAGCCUGCGGAUACCCCAGGCUCUGCCUUGCCUGCGAUCGUCAUAGGAUGUUUCGUAGCGUUUGGCGGUGUCUUGUUUGGCUAUGAUACAGGCACGAUAGGCGGCAUAUUGGCAAUGAAGUACUGGAGGAACCUCUUCUCGACUGGGUAUAUCAACCCAAAAGAUCAUUACCCAGACGUGACGGCGAGUCAGACAUCUGAAAUUGUCUCCAUCUUGUCAGCUGGCACUUUCUUCGGUGCCCUGUUCAGUGCCCCUAUAGCAGAUUUCAUGGGUCGCCGGCUAGCUAUGAUCUUCAACACUGGCGUCUUUACGUUUGGUGUUAUUCUCCAGACGGCCGCCACCGCAAUUCCGAUGUUCGUCGCCGGUCGUUUCUUCGCCGGCCUCGGUGUUGGUCUCCUGAGCGCAACCAUUCCACUAUAUCAGUCAGAGACAGCACCAAAAUGGAUCAGAGGAGCCAUUGUCGGCUGUUAUCAGUGGGCCAUUACGAUUGGUCUCUUCCUUGCGGCCAUUGUCCUUAAUUCUACGAGGAACCGUAAUGAUACAGGAUCUUACCGGAUCCCUGUCGCUGUCCAAUUCGCAUGGGCCAUCAUCUUGGUGGCUGGCAUGCUGAUCCUCCCCGAAACUCCACGUUACUUGAUCAAGAAGGGAAAUGGUGAAAAAGCCGCAAAGUCCCUCGCCCGCCUCCGUAGACUUCCUACGGAUCACCCUGCGAUCGUUGAGGAACUGACCGAAAUCAUUGCCAACCAUGAGUACGAGAUGGCCAUUGGCACAGCCUCUUACCUUGCCUGCUUCAAAGCUCCCAUCAGGAAGCGACUGUUCACCGGGAUGGCUCUCCAGGCGCUUCAACAGCUGACCGGUGUUAACUUCAUCUUUUACUAUGGCACGACCUACUUCACAAGCGCUGGCAUACACAACCCGUUUAUCAUCUCCGUCAUCACUGACGUCGUCAACGUCUGCAGCACGGUUCCUGGUCUGUGGAUGGUCGAGCGUUGGGGGAGACGACCGCUGCUUCUCUUCGGUGCCAUUGGCAUGUCCGUCUGUCAGCUUAUCGUCGCGAGCGUCGGCACCGCCAGACCUGGUGAGCCAGCCGCCAGCAAUGCCUUGAUCGCUUUCGUCUGUAUCUACAUCUUCUUCUUCGCCUGCUCGUGGGGCCCUUGCGCGUGGGUUGUAACCGGGGAAAUCUUUCCAUUGAAAGCCCGGGCGAAAGGCUUGUCCAUGACCACAGCCUCAAACUGGUUGCUCAAUUGGGCCAUCGCCUAUGCCACGCCGUACAUGGUGAACCCGGGCCCCGGGAAUGCGAACCUUGGCUCCAAGGUUUUCUUCGUCUGGGGCGGAUUCUGCUGCAUCUGCUGCGCAUUCGUAUAUUUCUUCAUCUACGAGACGAAAGGGUUGACCCUCGAGCAAGUCGACGAGCUCUACGCGAAAGUCAGCUCCGCCAGAAAGUCGCCUGACUUUGUUCCAACUGUCCGCUUCACCGAGGUCAAGGACAUGGGAGCAAACGAGGCUCGUCGCAGCACCUUGGCAGAUCUUGAGCAGGCUGCAGUUCGUCGGAAGAGCUCGGCUGGCGUCCAUGAGGAAUAUGUCAAGGCUUAAGGCUUGUUAGCUAAGCAUCAGCAGCGCGGAGACUGAUAAACGUUCAGUUUGGAGAUGCGCAGACAAUUACAACAGGAUGGAUGUCGUUGGAACUCCUACGAGGUGGAUGGUCACACGAAUUACCUUUCCCAAGCCUAUGCUGUUGCUGGGUCACUAGGCAUUGUGGAAUUUUGGCCCGGAGCUGGUGGCCGGCGGUCUUAUGCAAAGAAUACUAUCUUGACUAUCUUAGAUAAACGCACUACAGUUUCGUGGGCGUAGAGUGGCC